UCUUCAGUCAUGGCCAACUUUCCAAUCCAGGAGGCACAGCUCAUCUCCCUCUUCAUGCAGAGCACCGUCUACGGCGUCCAUGUCGUGACGUUUCUUAUGUGCAUGUGGGCGCUCCUCCGCCCAUCGAACAGCGGCAGGCCUGUGAACUGGCCCUGGCUGUCCGUCGCGGUGAUCUUGUUUGCGAUUGGGACAGCUGAUGUGUCGUUCAACCUCUAUCAUAAUCUGAUCGCGUUCAUCUAUUAUACUGGCCUCGGCGGCGCACAGGCGCAGUUCGAAGACCUGUCCAGCUGGGUGAACGUGAUGCGGGUCUACCGCUGCUGGAUCAUCUACGACCGUCGGUGGUAUGUGGCCCUCCUCCCAGCGCUGUUGUGGCUUGCCUCCACAGUAUGUGCUGGCGCGGAGGCAUACUAUACUGCCACUCUCGAAGAUAUGUCCACCAUCCCCGACACGAACAUGCUGGAGCCAUUGAUCGCUGCGUAUUGUACACUCACGCUCGCCACCAAUCUGCUUUGCACUGGUCUCAUCGCGUACCGCAUCUGGCGCGUCGACAGGCAGUCCUCGCGGUUUUUCAGCCAGACGUCUCGUGGGAGCGUACGGGUCAGCCUGAGAGAUGUCAACCGGAUCAUGAUUGAGUCCGCGCUGUUGUACACCUCCGCCAUCGCGGUCACCUUCAUCGUGGAGCUCGCGGGAAGUAACGCCGAGUACAACGUCUCCGAUGUCGGCCUGGAGCUUGCCGGGAUCGCAUUCGACCUGAUCAUCAUUCGUAUUGGACGAGGCAUCGCAGCGGGGCAGGUGCGCACGCCGACA